AUGGGUGAUAAAGACCAUCAUAAAUUAAACCAAGCUAAAGACAUCGCAGUUUCUGUAGCCGGGGGCGUUGGCGGAGGCUCGAUCGCAAAUCACUUGGGAUUGGGACAAGCAGGAGGAAUAGCCUCUUCCGUUGCUGGGUCAAUUGGAGCAAAUAAAGCAGAGCAUAAGGCAGAAAACGAAGCAAAGAAGUGA